GUAGAUGGAGGUGAAGUUUCUCGCUGGAAAUCGAUCGACAGCGGACAGUUCAGUGUCACUCACACCGCGGAAGCAUGUCACCAUGUACGGUGUCUUUUUGACGAUGAAGCGGGAUCGUUUCCAUGAUGGCGACCGCAGUACGGGCCAGUGUGAAAACUUGAGGAGAAAAGUUUGAGCACGGAACAGGAGUCUUUUUCUGAGACUUUCUCUGUUGUUACUGGCGUGAUAAAAAACAAAACAACAAAAAACUAACAUGGCAUACUCAACUUUCGUUUCGUUUGUGGCAUUUGCUUUGAGUUUGUACUUCGGAGUGUCCUAUUGUUACUUUUCCAUACCGCUGAAAAUAUACCCAGGGAAGUACAACGUCUCAUCGGAUGUGAAUUUGACGUCUCUUCGGAGAGUAGCGUUAAAGUCUGAUGGAAGCGGUCUCUCUCUGGCCUCUGAUCCCACCGGUACCGUGAACUUUCUGGACAUGGUGAAUAAUUUGCAAGGAGACUCUGGGAGAGGCUACUACAUAGAAAUGUCAAUCGGUACUCCUGGUCAAAAGCUGAACAUCCUGGUGGAUACGGGUAGCAGUAACUUUGCCGUGGCUGCAGCUCCACACCAAUUUAUUACUCAUUACUUCAACACUGCACUUUCCAGUACCUACCGUUCAACCGGUCGCACUGUAGCUGUAAGGUACACCCAAGGCAACUGGGAAGGUGAGCUGGGAAUAGACAGCGUCUCUAUUCCCAGAGGCCCAAACGGGACCAUCAACAUCAACAUCGCCGCCAUCCUGUCUUCUGAUGGCUUCUUCCUCCCUGGGAUCAACUGGCAAGGCAUCCUGGGAUUGGCCUAUCCUGUGCUGGCACGGCCUGACUCGUCCGUGGAGCCCUUCUUCAACUCCGUGGUGAGACAGCUGGGAAUUCCUGACGUCUUUUCCCUCCAGAUGUGUGGUGCUGGACUGUCAGCCGGCAGCGAAACAGACACUACGGGCGGCAGUCUUAUAAUGGGUGGGGCUGAACCAAGUCUGUAUCGAGGCUCAGUGUGGUACACCCCUAUAAUAGAAGAGUGGUACUACCAGGUGGAGGUGUUGAAGCUGGAGGUGGGAGACCAGAAUCUGAAUCUGGACUGCAGAGAGUAUAACAUGGAUAAAGCUAUAGUCGACAGUGGGACGACUCUGCUGCGACUUCCUGUCAACGUCUUCAAUGCAUUGGUAGAAGCCAUCAUACGCAGCUCUCUGAUCGAGGAGUUUUCUUCAGGGUUCUGGGAAGGCACCAAGUUAGCAUGUUGGAUGAAGGGAGAGAACCCCUGGAGGUUUUUCCCUAAGCUGUCCAUCUACCUGAGGGCCACGAACACCAGCGAGUCGUUCCGUGUCACCAUUCUGCCUCAGCUUUACAUCCAGCCAAUCACGGACGUUGACGGCACGCUGGACUGCUUCCGUUUCGGGGUGUCGUCGUCAACAAAUGGCAUGGUGAUCGGCGCCACUGUUAUGGAAGGCUUCUAUGUAAUGUUUGAUCGCACUCAGCGGAGACUGGGCUUCGCACCCAGCAGCUGUGCAGUGAGCGAUGGGGUGGCUCUGUCAGAGAUCGAGGGACCCUUCUCUGCAGCGGACGUGGCGGCCGACUGCUCUGGCGGCCCACUGAAGGAGCCUCUUGUGUGGAUGAUAUCUUACGCCCUGAUGGCAGUCUGCGCGUUGGCCCUCCUCAUCCUGCUGCUCAUGCUCAUCCUGCCCUGCAGAUGCGGAAACCGGAACGGUGAGAUCACGGACGAGUCCUCGCUGGUACGACACCGCAUCAAAUGACUGAGAGGGCAAAGUAGAGCAAACCCGGGGAAGGGACAGUCGGACAGUGAGCAGAGCGCCUCCACGAGAGGCUGCACCGACCAAUGACACUUGACUUAGGAUUUUUAGACUGGACUCAUCAGCUUGGCCCACAGAGGCAGUCGCACAGACAGAUCAACUGCCUCUGAAGGGGG